AUGACCCUGCAAGGGACCAACAAUGCACCAGAUUUCGAUAUUGGCACUAGAUACUCACCAAAUUCAAGGCUGCUGCAUUCUAAUGAAGCUUAUGAACGUAAGAAACGAAAACUUGACUCGCUUUUGUCACUGAGCGGGGCAAAAGUAUCCAAUGAAACUGCAACUUUUAAUAAGUUAUCAAGACUUUUAUCGCCGCCAGCUACCGAAGAGGUGGUCAGUUACAGAUAUAGAGACGUGUAUGAGAAACUUGAGAAACUUGACAAACAAGCUGGCAAUGUUGGUGCCACAGAUGCACCAAAUGUGGCGGCGGAAGUGGUUUAUAAAGAAAGAGUAAAGGGAAAGGAAAAGGAAAAGGAAAAGGAAAAGAAGAAGAAAAAUGAAGGCCAUCGAAUAAUAUCGAUGUCCUCAUCAGAUCGACAAGUGCAUACAAAGAGAACCGAGAAAAAUAGUAAAGAUACUCGAGCUGGAGCAAAAAUCGCUGCCGGAAAUUUGGUAACUCCAGAUCAAUCAGAUACAGAUAAAGGCACAAGUGAAAGUUUGCGUCUUUUGGCAAUUCCAUAUAUCACAAAUUUCCAACAAAAUGCAGAGUUGAACAAAAAAUAUCGUCAAUAUUUACGACAGGAGGGUGCUGGCGCUUUUCUUCGGAAAUUCUUAAAGGAAGCCUUGACUAAGGAGGAUUUGGUGAAUUUAAUAUUACAUCUUGGUUAUCCCAAGGAGACAGUGAUGGACUACCCACUAUUAUCUGUUCAAGAGUUGAGCCAGUUAUUAGUGCAGUUGAUUUUAACUGAUCCUGUAAUAACAAAGGGAAGCACCGACUAUUCACUACUGGACUUUUUAACUGAUUUACAAACAAAAUCAAAAAUUCUUAUAAUUACUGGUGCAGGAAUACUGACAUCAUUAGGUUUGCCUGAUUUCAGAUCACAUCAUGGUCUUUACCACCAAUUGAAAAAACUAAGUCUUACAGACCCUCGAGAAGUUUUUAACUAUAGUACUUUCUUAGCUAAUCCUCAGAUUUUUUACUCAAUUGCACAUUUGAUAUUACCACCUGAAAAUAAACUAAGCUUACUACACUUGUUUUUGAAAGUUUUGCAAGAUAAAAAUAAGAUGCAGAGACUAUAUACUCAAAACAUUGACAACUUGGAAACUCGAGCAGGUAUAACUAAAGAUAAACUCGUCCAAUGUCAUGGCUCGUUUGCUCAAGCGACUUGUUUAACAUGCGGAAGAGUUAUAGACGGUAGAGACAUAUUUCAACACAUUUUGCUCCAGCAAGUACCUAGAUGUUAUCAAUGCUGGGAAUCUGUUGAAGAAGAAGCAAUGAAUUACGGGAUUAUCAAACCAAAUAUAACUUUUUUCGGAGAAGAUUUGCCUAAAGAAUUUGAUGAGAAAAUACCAGAGGAUUUAAAUACCUGCGAUUUGAUAAUUAUUAUAGGCACAUCUUUGAAAGUCGACCCGGUAGGAAGUAUCAUUGACAAAGCUCCCCCCCAUGUGAAAAAAGUACUAAUUAAUAAGGAACAAAUUCCGGAUAGGGGAUUUGACUUAAGUUUGAUUGGAUAUUGUGAUGAUGUGGCUUCGUACCUUAUUUCUCUAUUGGGGAAAGAAUGGCAUAUUGAUCAUCCAGAUGUACGUGAUGGAGAGGCAUUUAAAGUAGCUGCUCGCGUGGGUUCUACAAUCAAGAUAUCAAGAGAAAGUACCCAAUAA